AUGGACUCUCCUGAAGUCUUGGGAAAGGAUUCAGGUGCUGCGAGACCAACAAAACUUCCAAACCGUGCCAAGACUAAGUAUUUAAGACUGAUUUAAAUAAUAUAAGACAUGUAAAGUCACUGGGGGGGUGAAAUUUUUUGAAACCUCCCCUCGUCCACCUCAACCUGCAGUUAAAGUUAAAUUCAUCUCUCGAGGGGGAGUCUAACUCUGUGAUUAAUUUUACGCCGGAAUAUCCCUUUAAAGGGUAAGUUAUCCUCUUUUUUUCUCUCUGCUGUCUGUACCUUUAAAUACACUCUGUUGUUAUCUGACUGGUGUGUCUUUGCUGGUCCAGAGCUGUUCUACGACUCCGUGAUGGACGACCAUGAUGAUGAAGAUGACACCAGCGCUUCAUCAGGGCUGAAGAGGCGGGGAGUGUCUCUGGGUCCGAAGCUGCGGCCGUGGGUGUCACUUAUCGACUUCAAUGAUGACAGCCUCAGCUCGACCACGCCCUCGCCAUUCACUCUGUCACGGGCGCCAGACGAGGACACUUUGAAGGUGAAGCUCCUGCUGUAGAAAAUAUUCUGCUGUGGUGGAGUCUUUGGAAGAGUGAAGUUUACCCGCGUUUAAACCUUUGCAUAAUGUUGUUGACUGUAAAAGCACAAAAAUUGUGAUUCUAGUGAGAUAGAUUCUGUUACAAACUGCUCAUCUUACUCUAGUUGUCUUUUUCAGGAACUACAAAGAGAGGUGGAGAAAGUUUUGACAGAUUAUUUACUGAUGUAAAGUCAAUAUCACUGUGAAAAUAUAAGCAAACAUAACAUUUCUUUUGGUAUUUCUGGGUCUGGGUGAUGGUGAAGCUGCAGGUUCCCAUGGGAACAGGCCGUUCUCUCCCCUCCUCCUCCCUCCCUCAGCCCCUGGUGCAUUUAGGCCUUCAUCGACAGAUCUAUCCGCCUCCUUCCUCCAACUCCACCUCCUCCUUCUUCUCCUGCUUUCAGGACCGACCUGCGCUCCCCCCCUCGCAGCCCCGUCCCCCCGAUGCGCCCCUCCAAACACAACUUCUCCACCUGUUCAGAGAGCCCACAGUCCCGCUCCAUCUCCCUGGACGACCCUGAAGACACGCCUUCCCAGAUCCCUCCUAGAGACCACGUCUUCUCUCAACCAGGUUCACGCUCCUCCUCUCCCCUCCCAUUUGUACCUCCUCUGUCCUCCCCCUCUACUUUCUGUGUCCCCUUCUGUCCUCUAACUGGUCCACUUCGUCCCCGACUCUAGUGACAUCUCAAUCCUCACGUUGUUUCUUUCUUAUUUAUACCGACUUCAUUUCUCAUCAGUCUCUUCUUUUAAGAUCUGGAUCAGCCAACCCCAUAAUCCAGCAACCUGAAGGAGCCAAACUAAACUCCUUCUACAACAAUAAUAACCUUCGUACUGCAACUCCCAGCAUGCAACAGGAGCAGAGCGUCACAAAGGUAAUGAAAAGAGAAUCAGGACACAUAAAAUCAAAUUGUACCUGCAGCUGUUUCAUCAUCCCAGUAAGUCCUUGAGUUUUAAUUUUUCAUAUCUAAUCUUGAUCACUUCUUUCUUUACUGCACGUGUGGAUGAUUGUUUAAAGUCAAGAUCAAUGUGAAGAUUGACUUUAUUACUGGUUAAUGUCAGCUGUACGCUCUACCUCCCCCUUAUUCCCUCGAUUUCACAAAGAAGAGAGUUAAAGGAGAUAAACAGCUUUCUAUAAUUUUUGUUUGUCACUCUUAUUCCUCUACUUUCAUCACCUUGGACCUUUAGGACAUUACUUUUUAAUUUGUACAUGUUACCUUUUAUUUUUCUUGUCCUGAUGUAGCUGCAAUUUCAUUUGUAUGAACAGUGCUAUAUAAAUAAACUCUAAUUGAUCGAUUGACCUAAUCUUUGGUACACUAUGAAAUGAGAUUUAUUGAGAAAUCAGAAAACAAAGACACGUUUUUUUGACGUACUGAUUGUUCUGGAUGUAUCAAACACUGAGACAGCAGAUUUCCAGAACAAACAAGUAUAAGCAUUUCCCGCAAAAGUCUUAAAUAUAUCCAGAAAAGACCGAAAGAUAAACACCUACUCUGACACAGUUUUACGUCAGGAUUGUGCGCACAGUCCUGCUCAACUCACUGUCAACAACAGCAGGUGUUUCGAGAAGUCCGUUCACACACAGAGGGAUUAAAGGCCUCUGAGGGUAAAUGUGGACCACAGUGGAUGACGGUGUUCUGUCACAAACACACCUGCUGGCUGCUUAUCUUCCUGCUUUAGAUGUCUCAGAUGUGGUUUCUGGUUAUUCCAGAGUCACGGCACAAACUGAGAGGUUUCUUUUGGAUCAAGGAAAUCCUAGAGUACAGCCAGCAGAACCACAGAACCAGAGGAACUGAUUAAAACAACAUAUUAAAAAUACUGAAUGUGACAUUUAACCUGUUGGAUGGACCUGUGUUUGGACAGAGGUGUCUAUAACUCAACACACUUACCGAAUCCUAAGUUUUCACGGUACAUUUAGAAAAGAUGUUAUCAGUUCAGAUUAUGUCAGGAUUUGAUUUUAGGAUUUUUGAUUAGACACUGAGUUCAUGGUUUGAUUGACAGGUCCAAGGAGCCGUACAUGGUGUCCGACAGCUCUGCAGAGUCACAACUGGAGCGUCCCUCAGGCCAUCAAUCAUUUGAAGGUACACCGACCCGCCAAACUUCAGACUUCUUUAUUUGAACGGGACUCAAAGAGCCUUGAAAGCUUGACUCAAUCUAACGUGUCCCUGAGUGCGUGGAGUCACAAGGUACGCAAACCAAAAUCUCUGAAUAUCGUUUGUGACAACUCAAGCUGAAGUUCUCCUGAGAUUUUAACAAUUUAACAAAGUAAAGAACUUUUUUAGUGAAUUUUAAAACUUGAAAAAUGAACCUAUUGGUGUUGAAUGAAAUCGUCUCUGGGUUUUGCUGUGAGGAUAGAUUUUUCUGAGUUAAACAAACUUAAAGGGAUAUUCCGGUGUAAAAUUAGGUUAGGGUCGAACACACCAAGUUAGAAAACCCCUCGGAGGAUGAAUGUUGCUGACCGCUUGCUUCUCUAGUUAUACUUACUUUAGUAACGGUCGCAUGAUAGAUAGGACAGCGGUCUAAGGAGUUACUUUAUUACUUUAUCAUUUCCUUAAAGUAAUAAUCAUCAUAUUAAUCAUUUUGCACUGCAGACGCGGUAGUUCUUCUGCCUUAGCGUCUCGGUCUGAUUACAUUUCCAUGAAGAAAUGAUCAUAAAUGUUCUUCCUUGAGCUGCGUCACCCCGCUGUAGUCCGUAAUAGACUGGCCUGAGGUCUCUCUAAAAACAAACAACUGCUGGAAGAGAGUAGGUGAGUUGUGUUUAGUCUUUUUGCUAAAGAAAUUAGUCAAAGUUAAAAAGAUGUUUGGUGGCGAGGACCCUAUAUGUCCUGUUGAUGAAGUUAGGUGCUGUUCUGAGUAUUAUUUGUGGCUAUAGAGUGGUGUUUUGGUUGAGCACGUGGCUCUCUGUAUUGCUACCUGUGGUCGUUACUAAAGUUUGUAAAACUAGAGAAGCAAGUGAUCGGCAACAUUCAUCCCUCGAGGGGGUGUCUAACUACGAUGUUAUGGUGUGUAAAAUAAUUUUACGCCUGAAUAUUUCUUUAAGUUUUCUAAAGAACAAUAAAAAAAUACACAAAAUACAACUUUAAAACUAAACAUAAAAUGCCUUCUCUUCUUGUUGUCUGCAUCUCAUCUCAAAUGGAAUAAAGUUUAACCCCUAAGCUAAACAGAUUUUGUAUUCCUGCUUAUGUAAGGCCACACUCUCUCUCUGUCUGUCUUUUGUAGGAAAUGACAGCAGAAGGACAAACUGAGCCAUAA